AUGAAUGUUUUAGAUAUUAAAUUAAAAAAAAUUGAUAAAAUAUAUAAACCAGGUAAUUUAGUAUCAGGUAAUGUUGUUAUAAAUAGUAAAGAUGAUAUGUCACAUUCAGGUGUGACAUUGAUAGUAGAAGGUAUAGUUCAAUUACAAUUAAGUUCAAAGAGUGUAGGUUUAUUUGAAGCAUUUUACAACUCUUUAAAACCAAUUACAUUAAUGCAUUAUACAAUCAAUGUUACCAAUGGUGGUGGUAAAUUCCUUGCUGGUGUAACUGAAUUACCAUUCGAAUUUAAAUUAGAACCUCUUCCAGGUCAACAACUUUAUGAUACAUAUCAUGGUGUUUUUGUUAAUAUUCAAUAUUCAAUUAGAUGUGAGGUUAAAAGAGGUAUUUUAUCAAAAGAUCUUUCAAAAAAUAUAGAAUUUAUAGUUGAAGUACCAGUAUCAAAUGUACAAAAAACACCAGAAGAAGUUCAUUUUAAAAUUACACCAGAUUCAUUAGUAAACUUUAAAAAAAUUUCAAAAUCAGAAGUACCAAACUUUAGAAUUUCAGGUAAAUUAUCAACAGCAGUUUGUAAUAUUAAUGAAGCAUUUCAAGGUGAUUUAGUAAUAGAACAAGCAGAUACAGUCAUUAAAUCGAUUGAAUUACAAUUGGUACGUGUUGAAACUUGUGGUUGUGCAGAUGGUUAUGCUAGAGAAUUAACAGAAAUUCAAAAUAUUCAAGUUGCAGAUGGUGAUCUUUGGAGAAAUUUCAAAAUUCCACUUUAUAUGAUUUUCCCACGUUUAUUCACAUGUGUUAGUACUGCUGGUAAAACUUUUAAAAUCGAAUUUGAAGUUAAUUUAGUUAUAAUGUUAGAAGAUGGUCAUUUAAUUACUGAAAAUUUCCCAAUUAAAUUAAUUAGAAAUUAA